AUGCCCCGUCAACGUUCCUCCGGCCGCCCUGCCGCCGCUCCCUCCCGCCCUACCGCCCCGGCCGCAAGGCCCGCGCCCACCCAGGCUCGCCCGGCCACCACCAUGGCUGCUCCCCCUCAACAGCACGCUGCUCCUGCUGCUGCUCCUCCUGCCGCCGCUGCUCCCCCUGCUGCUGCUGCCCCCCAGGGCCCUGGUCUGUUCGGCCAGAUGGCCAGCACUGCUGCCGGUGUCGCUAUCGGUUCCUCCAUCGGCCACGCCAUCGGUGGCCUCUUCUCCGGCGGCGGCUCCUCCGAGGCUCCCGCCCCCGCCCAGGCGCAAUCCAACUCUCCCAUCGCCGCUGGCGCCGAGUCCCAGACGACACAGCAGUGGGGCAACAACUGUGCCGGUGCCACCCAGCAGUUCACCAAGUGCAUGGACGAGCACCAGGGCAACAUGCAGAUUUGCAACUGGUACCUCGAGCAGCUCAAGGCCUGCCAGGCCGCUGCCAGCCAAUACUAA